AUGGUGCUUAAAGAUUCUAAAGGAAUCUCAACAGUAUUUCCUACAACUACUACUACUACUACCACUACUACUACUACUACUACUACCACUACUACUACUACUACUACUACUACUACCACUACUACUACUACUACUACUACUACCACUACUACUACUACUACUACUACUACCACUACUACUACUACUACUACUACUACCACUACUACUACUACUACUACUACCACUACUACUACUACCACUACUACUACUACUACUACUACUACUACUACCACUACUACUACUACUACUACUACUACCACUACUACUACUACUACUACUACUACUACUACUACCACUACUACUACUACUACCACUACUACUACUACUACCACUACUACUACUACUACUACUACUACUACUACCACUACUACUACUACUACUACUACCACUACUACUACUACUACUACUACUACUACUACUACUACUACCACUACUACUACUACUACUACUACUACUACUACUACCACUACUACUACUACUACCACUACUACUACUACCACUACUACUACUACUACUACUACUACUACCACUACUACUACUACUACUACUACCACUACUACUACUACUACUACUACUACUACUACUACUACUACUACUACUACUACUACUACUAGUAGUAGUAGUAGUAGUAGUAGUAGUAGUGGUAGUAGUAGUAGUAGUAGUAGUAGUAGUAGUAUUUGUAGGUUUACUAAGACUAAGUUAAGUGUUUUACUUACACUGAGAUUUGUCAGAUUUUGUGACUCAACUGACGCUAAUGAUCAAAUAACUCAGAAUGGAUACAAUCAAUUCAACAUUCUUUGUCCGCGAUGUUCCAGUAUUGUUCUUCGCAAGAAUACAGCAAAGCUAGCCAACAAACAAGUGACGACUAACCCCAAUCAAUUUGACCUGAUCACUUUACUUGUCCGUGCAAAAACAUGUGUAUACUACACAAAAUAAAUCAAUGGUAAAUGGUUCCGCAAUGUAAUUGAGGUGAAAUAUUUGCUAAACGAUUUGAUUUUCAACUUGGGUCAUAUAAUUUUUCUAAGCGUUUGGUUACUUUCUAUGUAUACAUAUAGAUGAUAUUAUGUAUGCGUUUCAUAUACGCUCAUGUAUAGAGACUCGUGUGUUGCACUGAAGCUUUUAAUAUUUGCUAACCAGCUACUCCCAGAACAUAAAAUGGUGG